AUGGACGAGUUCAGUCACUACGACCUGCUGGAUCACACCACUCAGCGCUCGGUGGCAGAGGGCCACAAGGCCAGCUUCUGCCUGGAGGACACGUCCUGUGACUACGGAUAUUACAGGUGGUUUGCCUGCACCUCUCACACUCAGGUCUCAAAGAAGAACAUGGUCGCCAUGGACACAGACUCAAAUACUGCAUCCCUGGUUCACACAGGAUCGCCGCGCGCCGGAAGCGAUGGAAUUGACUCGUUGGUGCGUGGUUUGAUCGGCCAUCCCGCCAAACUGAAUGUCCAGAAUCACAUGAUGGUGGACGCUCUGAGGGAGCGGUUGUUCCAGUUUGUGCAGCACAUUGCAUCGGACCUGGGCUCUCUCAACAUGCAGAGAGGGCGUGACCACGGCCUGCCUGGAUACAACACCUGGCGCAAAUUCUGUGGGCUGUCUCAACCCAGGAACCAGUCAGAGCUGGCUCAUGUCCUGGAUAACGAGGACCUGGCCCGGAGCCUCCUUCAGCACUACGGCACACCUGACAACAUUGACGUGUGGCUUGGAGGUGUGGCCGAGCCUUUUGUGACAGGUGGACGAGUUGGGCCUCUCUUUGCCUGUCUCAUUGCGAGACAAUUCAAGAACAUCCGUGACGGUGACAGGCUGUGGUAUAAAAACGGUAACGUGUUCUCCCGGAGGCAGAGGACCGUACUGUCCAGAGUUUCACUGGCCAGUAUAAUCUGCGCCAACACCGGCAUCACCUUCGUCCCCAGGGACGUCUUCUCAGUCAUCUCUAGCCGUAACCGGCUCACCUUGUGCUCUGUCAUCACACAUUUGAACCUUGCCGCAUGGAAGCAGAGGCCCUGACAGAGCACAGGCGCUGGUUGUUCUGCACCCAUACUAAAACAAGAGGUUCUUUUUAUUCAUCUUGUCUUGUUUUUCUACCAAAAUGCCAACAGUGCUUUGCUGAUACAAGCAUUCUCGUAUUUUAAUUUAACUUCUUUAUCUUGAUAUCAACAGGAAACUGGACCAAAGUGAAGAAAAGGUCAUUUUCUCACAGUCAGGCUCUUGUCCGCUUAGUUAAAGCUAGGGUUGGAAAACUAGCAUGUAGCAUGAAUGUAGUAUCUCCCCAAGGCUCCGCCCAGCUCCCACCCCAUUGGAG